GCUCGGCUUCGGUGGCAGGCUCGCAGCACAUCCACGGGCCACCACCCAGCCACACCGCUCUUGCUCUCCAAGGAACAAUUUUGCGCGUUCCUCUUGCUUCCGUUUCAUUCCCCACAAAUAAUCUUUACCAUCCUUCCCUGUUGAUUGUGGCUCUCGCUUUACUGUUAGCGCACAGCAAACCCCCAAAUUUUCUUCCUUUGCCUUCUCCAAAACCUAAUUUCCUCAAGCCUCUGGUAGAUUUCCUGCCUUUCCGACUGAUCUCAUGGCCAAUAAAGAGUUUCAAGUCCCGCCGGUGGUCUUUAAAUCGGGCGUGAAUCCCAUGAACGGCGGGGCUGGUUUCCAGCAGCGGCGGGUUCCUACGGCGCCGUUUCAACCUCCUCGACCUUCCAGUUCCAGUAUACCCUUCAUGUCCUUUGACGUAGGAUCUGCAGCGGCAUCCACCUCGUCCGGUCCAAUUUACGGUGGACCCAUGGGGGGCGGUGGUUCUGCUAACUUCGAUGAUGAGGAACCUCUGCUCGACGAGCUUGGGAUCCACCCGGACCAAAUCUGGAAGAAAAUCAGGUCGAUACUCAUUCCUUAUCGGAUAAAUUACGUGGUUCACAAGGAUUCCGACUUAUCUGGCCCCAUUCUUCUAUACAUGUCCUUCUGCCUCUUUCAGUUACUCGCUGGAAAAAUCCAAUUCGGUGUCAUCUUAGGUUGGAUCGUGGUAUCAUCUAUUUUCUUAUACGUGGUUUUCAACAUGUUGGCGGGUCGGUCCGGCAAUUUGGACCUGCAUACUUGCACGAGCGUGGUGGGAUAUUGUAUCUUGCCGCUAGUGAUUUUAUCCGCUCUGUCGCUGUUCUUGCCGCAGGCUGGGAUGGCGGGCUUUGUAUUUGCCGCGAUUUUUGUAUUGUGGGCGACGAGGGCCUCCACGAGUCUCCUUGUCUCGCUUGCUGAUGGUGGGGAUGAACAUCGCGGGCUGAUAGCGUAUCCCUGUUUCUUGAUUUACACUCUAUUUUCACUUCUUAUUGUGUUCUAGUGAUUGGAUUGGCGCUGAAAUUUUGGACGGCCGUGCAUAUGUUAUUAGAGUUGUUGGAUCUUUUAUUGCAUCUCAAACGCGUUGAUCAAUAUUUAGCCAUACUAUAUGAUACAUGAUGAGAGGGAAUUUUGAGAUGUAGAAAAUGGUAUUGCUCUUCAUUGAAAGUUCUUAUGGAAAAGCUACCGGGCGUGACCUGUAUUGUAGUAUUUGUGCCGUGGAAGUAUGUAUUAUGCUUCUGUUUUAUUUUCUUAUCUAGCCUUUUUAAUUGAUUUCU